CUGCAGGGUACAAGCCGGCCAGCUCAUUACCAUGUCCUAUGGGAUGAAAACAAAUUCAAUGCUGAUGCUCUUCAGUCACUUACCAAUAACCUUUGCUACACAUAUGCGAGGUGCACACGCUUUGUUUCCAUUGUGCCUCCUGCAUAUUAUGCCCAUUUGGCUGCUUUUCGUGCACGCUUCUACAUGGAGCCGGAUACAUCGGACAGCGGGUCAAUGACAAGUGGGGCUGCUGGUCGAGGUGCUGGUCCAGGGCCAAGGAGUACAAGGUCGGUUGCAGCACAUGCUGCUGUUAGACCCCUGCCUCGGCUUAGAGAUAAUGUGAAGAGGGUCAUGUUCUAUUGUUAAGCGC